GCCGAAGAUGUUGGCUCGGUCAUGUGAUCAGCUGUGUCCAAUCACAGCUGAUCGCGAGCUGUCACGUUGACAGCUCGAGAGGAGAGCCAGUAAUCGGCAUUCCUCAGAAGGGACAUGGGCACUGAUGAUCAGUGUACCCUGAUGAUCAGUGUAGCCCCAGCAGUGCCACUUGUCAGUGUCCAUCAAUGCCAGCUGUCAGUGCUCAUCAAUGCCACCUGCCAGAGUCCAUCAGUGCACAUCAAUGCCACAUAUCAGUGCCCAUCUGAGCUGCCUUUCAAUGUCACCUAUCAGUGCCAGUCAGUGCCGCCUAUCAGUGCUGCCAAUCAUUGCCGCCUAUCAGUGCCAGUGUCGCCAAUCAGUGCCGCCUAACAGUGCCAUCAGUGCCGCCUAUCAGUGCCAUAUAUGAGUGCUGCCUCUCAGUGCCACCUACCAGUGCCACCUAUCAGUGUCCAUCACUGCAGCCUAUCAGUGCCCAUCACUGCAGCCUCAUUAGCGCAUCAGUGAAGGAGAAAAAUCACUUAUUUACAAA